AUGUCCAUGACGAAGGUCGCGCCUCCACCUGGGUGCACUCUGAACCUCAACGAUCCUCAGGUCCAGGAGGCCACCGUCUGAAUCCAAGCCUUGUAUCGCGGCCACAUGUACCGAAACAUCCCCGCCGCUCGCGUAAAGAGCUCCGGGAGAAAGAUACAUAAACAGGAUUACAGCAGCAAAGGGGUAAAGUGCGUCCCUGCUAAGGUCCCUAAAGGCCCCGACAACAUGAAGGCCAAGAAAGGGACCACAGUGGUGCUCAAGGCUGAAAUACGCGGGGAGCCUCCUCCAGAUGCUGCCUGGCUCAAAGAUGGAGACGACAUCGAUGAAGACGACAGGGUGUUCUUCGACAUCGGAGACACCAACACCAUCUUGACCAUCAAAAAUGCAAAGCUGUCUGAUGCUGGCAGGUAUGAGGUGUGUGUGGAGAACAGCCUGGGCUCAGACCAGUCCUUCAUGGGGUCGACGUCCUCUGACCUAACGUCCUCCUCUGCCACUCCACACCGAUGCCGAUAUAGCCCCGAGGCACGUGCGGGGCGAUACUCAGCGGAGAGCCUCGCGUCCUGCAUUGUGGCUUUAAGAACGGGGCCUCCUUGA